AUGGAAAGCGACAAAAAUGUAAUAGAACAAGCUCAUUCAAAAAAAAGACCAUAUAACGACUUAGAUGAAGUCAACUGGGCUUCGUUUUUUACAAGUUUCGAGAACGAUCAAGAUUCUGGUGAUUCUGGCGAUUCUUAUAGUUCCAUAGACGAGGAAAAUACUGAUUCUGAAACUUCAAAUACGAAUUCUGAAAGUAUUUCGGCUUUAUUGGCAUCUUUGUCAACACCUGCAAUCUCUUCAGAUCAGUCAAAAGCAAAUGAUGACACUUGCUCCGUAUGCUCUAUAUGCUUACAUAAUUUUCAAGAUCGGAGUUAUCUAGAUCCUUGCUAUCAUUCUUUCUGUGUCUCUUGUAUCCACAGGUGGCUGUCCAUUUCUCCUAAAUGUCCACUCUGCAAAAGUAAGAUUGAAUUUAUAGUUCAUGAUAUUAAUGAGUCCAAUGGUACAUUUCAAAAGGUUUCUGUGAGCGAUUCUAGAAACCACAAUGAAAUCCAUCGAAAAAAACUAAAACGUAAAAAAUGGAUUAUGGAAAUUUCAAAUGAGCGAUUUCGUAAUGGGAAUUCGGAAUCCAAAGAACAAUUGUCGUCUUCUGAGAAAGCAAUAGAUCGUAUAAAAAUUUAUAGUAAGAAUCUUUUGGCAAGAAAUGUACCUCAAUGUACAAGACAUUCACAUAAUCUUAAUCAUGACCGAAUACGACCUUUUAUUUCGCGCGAUUUGAAAGCUAUUCUUUCAGAUGCUCAUGAUCAGAUAAUUGAAGAAUAUGUUCAAUCAGUAGUAAUGACGUAUUAUAAACAACGGAAACCUAAGGAUGAGCUUAUUGAAAAAUUGAAGCCAUGGUUAGGUGGGUCAACGGAAAAAUUCUUAAAUGAAACAUUCAU